AGCUGCGGGCGCUGGCGAGGUCGGCGGUGGAGGCGCUGCUGGAGAGCGGCCUGCCCUGCUACGCGCACGCCAUGCCCCGCCCCGGCGGCGGUGGCGGCAGCAGCCGCUCACUCCGGAGCUCCAUCGGCGAUCUGGGCAGCGGCGCCGGCACGCCCCGUAACGGCGGAGGCCUCGGCGGCGGCGGCAACACCUCGUACGGACUGCUGCUGGGCGCCGGCACCGGCCGUCGUUCGGUGAUGCUGGGGGCUGACGGGCUGGAUGAGGAGGAGGAGGAGCAACUGGCGGCGGCUGCGGCAGCCGCCGCUGGACCCGCGGGUCGCGCGACAUGGACGGGCGGUGCGCCGCCGCCGCUGUCGUCGGCCAUGACGGUGGUGGAACCCUAUCUGCAGCCGCCCGAGGUGCGUGGCAGCGUGCGCCCCAGUGUGCUGUACGUGACGGUUCCCUCGCUGCCCCGCGGCAGCCUGGUGGAGAUCCAGCCCGUGUGUCUGGACGUGGAGGCGCUGGCGGUGACCCGAAAGCUGGCAGGUGACAGCUUCUCCAAGCGGCGCAACAGCUGUCAGCAAGACCCCUCCCUUGCGCAAACCCAGCCGCAACCCAGUCCCCAGCCUAGCCCCUCGCACCUCCCUCACAUGCCCCCAAGCCCUCCGCCGCACUCCAGAUUCGGCCAUGCGGGUACCUUGGGCGCAUCUGUGAGUGGCGUGUCAGCCUGGAAUGACCUGGCAGGCACUCCCCGGGCGUCCCUGGAUAUCGCUGUCCCCGGUCGGCAUGCUACGACCGGCGCUGUUGCCGCUGCUCCGGCCGCUGCCAGCGGUGGUAGCAUGACCCAUGGGUCGGCUCCCGCGUCCUGGCAGGAAGCGAAUGACGUGCAGGGCGUACCGCUGCCAAGCCACGUGUUGAGCGCUGCUGGCUACAUGACGCCCGACGCCGGGGGGAGCCUCGUGGGAACCCCUUGUGCGGUCCCUUCGCUGCUGUCGCGGCAACGCGGCUCGGGCAACUCCAUGUCACGUGGUAGCGUGGGCGGGGCCGGCAGCGAAUCCGCCGCCAACCGCUCUGGCAACGCACUGAAUGCUGAUCCGGCUGCCCAGCAGCAGGGCUCCGCUCCAGAACUGGUGUCUGAGCCCACCCUGCAGCACAAUUUGCCGGAGCCCGAUCAACUUGCGGAGCAGCAACAAGGCUCCCAGCAACAGCAGCAACAACAGCAGCAACAGCCCUUCGUUGACAGCAGCGGUGCAUCCGUGCUCAUUCCCCGCCGGCAUCGGCUCAGCAGCAAUGGUGGCGAGGGCGUCGGCAGUGCCGGCGCAGGUGCGGGCAGCUUGUCAGCGGUAGCCGCCUCGCGACUGAGCAACGGUGGACCCGGCAGCGGCAGCGGCAGCAGCAGCAGCAGCAACAACGCUGUGGGUGGCGUGUUGCCACGCGGCAGCCUGGAUGGCAGCAUCCUCUCCUUCGAGAUCUCCUCAGGACGUGCACCCGUCUUGCCCGCACUGGCAGCGGCUCUACCUUCAUCUCCGGCACACACGGGGGCGGCUGUGUUGGCACAAGAAGGACCUCGCAGCGCCGGCAGCGGCAGCGCCAAUAACAGCGGCCCCCUCACCCGCGUCCGUCCCAGCGCUAUCAUGGUUCCGCCGGUUGCUGUGCCGCCUAGCGGCCCGGUCAUGCAAUCGGGUUCAUUCCACUGCCUGGCUGCCCGCGCGGCUGCGGCGGCGGAGGUGACCACGGAGGCGACUGGAGCGCUGGCAAACCUACUAGCAUCGCAGCAGCAGCAGCAACAACAGCCGCAGGAACAGGAGCAGAGCCUGCAUGAUGCCGUGGCUACUGUGGUGGCAGCCUCCAUGCCGCCACUGCUACGUGUACCAGCGCCCGUAAACAACAACAGCGGCGGCACCUACGAUGCUGCCGGCGGCUCGCAGGUACCCGGAGGCAGCGGCGGCGCUGGAACACCGCUCUUAGAGGCGGCUGCGGCUGCGGCCGUACCUCCAGGCAGCAGCGGCGGCGCCAGCGCUGCCGCCAGCCCCGGCGCCGGCAACGCCAGUGACGUCAUGGUGACGACCGUUUGCUGCUAUGGCCUGGUCCUGCGGUCGCUGUUCCACCUGCCGCCUGCUGUGUUCGCUCGCGGUGUGACGACGGCGCAGCUCACUCGGCGCUUCCGACGUGCGGCCGCGUCAGUGCUGGCGGCGCAUGGGAUGGGCAUGUCGUGCCUCAUCCGUGUUUGCGUGUGGUACGACAAGAAGGUGGUUGAGCUAACGGACGACGAGUACGGAUACCGUUCGCCGUCGUCGCCGGCGGCAGGCGGCUCAUUGACAUCUGGCGGCGGCGCCGUCCAACACGCCCUGGACGAUCCGGACGGCGGCAGCAGCGCCGCCGUAACUCCCACGGGCUCUGCCACAGCUGCUACGACACCGGCCAGCAUCGGCGGCCGUGGCAGCGGCGGCGGCGCUGACGGCAGCGGCAGCAACAUGGCUGCCCUAGCGGCUGCUGCGGCAGCGGCACUAGGGACCGGCGGCGGCGGCUGCGGCUCUCCUCGUGCCGCCUCCUCGGCAGCGGCCAUGACACGCCUGACCGCUGCGGCGCAUGCCGCCAGCGGCGGCGGCGCCGCCGCCUCCAGCCCUGUCGCCAACUGGAACCCCUCCCGGUCGCCUCAGCUGUGCAGCCCUGCCGCCGGCGCCGCGGCUUCCCCGGGGCUGCGACCCGCCAGUCCCAUGCAGGACCAUGCCGCAGCAGCAGGCCCGGGGGGGCAGCCCAGCCCUGGCCCGCAGGGCCCCCCUCCUCCUGCCCCUCCUACACAGCAGCAGCAGCAGCAGCAGCCCCCCUUCCAUGUGACCUGGGUUCCUGUACAGCGAGUGGCCACCAAUGCCAGUCCCCAGCCGACACAAUGCGUUGCGGUGUUGGAGCUGCUGGCAGCGCUGCCGGUGCAGUAAUGCUGCUGCGCGCUUGCGACGUUGCGAGGUCAGACCCCCUGUCGCUGCUGUUGUUGUUGUUAUAAGCUGCUUGGGGCCCAAGGGUGGGUGGGCACUGGGCAGAUGGUGGGCAGUUGAGGAGGUUUCGGAAGGGGGGGCCGUCUGCGUUUUCCGCUGUCGCUCCUGCUGUGAGCAGGUGGCACUGGCAGGGCCGCUGCGAGCAUGCAGCAUGCGUCCAAGUGCGUGUGAAUUUUGGGAGGAAGAAUAUGGGCGGAGAGGUCUACACACAAUCUUGCUCUUCAUUACUUUCCUGACAGGUCCCGUUGACCGGGUCCGUGAAACUUCUUCUUCGCAGCUCGGAUCUUUGGAAUUGCCGGCUGCUUUGGCUUAUGACGAAACAUGCGUAACCAAGUAAUGACUGGGUAUGAGCGGCAAUGAAACACGCCCAGACGGAGCUCUGGGUUGUGACCUAUCCUAGUAUGGCGCACAAUAAAUGGUUGGCCGCGUGGCGAAGGCCGUCGCUUGGGGAUUGCAGGCCGCCGGUUGUGGGAGGGCAUGCGGCGCCUGAAGGGUAUAGCAUGGGUGUCUGCAGGCGAGGCCAUUUUGUGGUAGGGGGGGUGCGGAUAAGGUUGAGGCAGGCAUCUGGGUGGGUUACUUGAGUAAGACCCGUUGAAGGGUAUCCGGCAUCCACGUGCUGUUGUGUAGCCGCUAAUCUUGCCAGCCUCCUGGUCCGCGUUUGCCGCACCCCUCCCCUUGGAGAGGAGGAGUGUGCGGGUGCUGCCCUAAUGUGCUGCCCGGUUUCAUGUGUUAGGCAUAUGGUUUAUAUAAAGUUAUAUCUUCUUUCAGCUGUACUGUCUGGCGGCGUUUGGCGCAUACGUGCCACUUGGGACUCGUGUCGCACGUUCCAUGGCGAUAUGGGUUUCGUUUUUUGGGAUGAGAGCUCGCGUCUCUCACACGCACGCAAGUGGCACAGACGCCCAACGGAUGCUGGAGACGUGAGGCUGCACGAACGAUGGCUUGUGCAGUGCAGGCCUUGUGCCGCAAGUACGACCGGGGCAGGGGAGCGGAGGGUGAGAAGAUGGAGGGUUGUGAUGGUGCCGUCAAGCGUCAAGCGAGUUAAGAAGUCAACCGGGAAGCAUGGUAAACAUUUCUGGCAGAGCACCUGUGAGAGGGAGUUAUGGUGUUGGCGCUGAGUAACAGGGCGACAGGUAGGGAGGUGUUCUAAGAAGGCGUGGUGUGUGCAUGAGCCCUGCUUCUCUCUCCCGGAAGGCACCUGAGAGCGCCGGAGCCCAUGUUGGCCCUACGCGUACGGUACAUCCAAGAGCACCCAUGAAACAGGCCCGGCGCGUUCCUAGUUGAGUCCGGAAGAGUUAAUCGUUGUGCCUGAAGUAAGUUCUGUCUGUCUUCUGAUUCUUUUGUUGCAAAGAGGAAUACUUGCAAAGUUUGGGCACGGGGCAGUUGGCUUGAGCCCGGCAGCGCCCAGGCUCGUUCGGGAUGGGCGUGGAUGGGCGUGUGACGUAGCGAACAGCGAUAUGCCAAGCAGACCGCUGUAGAGAGCGCUUUCGUACUCUUGCGACGCGCGCGCUUGCAGGAUGCACGGGCGAGGGGGGAACAGGGGAGAGAGCCCAGAGUAGGAAGGGCAGGGUUUGCUGCCCUGUCCAAAGAAGCGAGUGUGCGUUGUUGGGGUCGUGUACCCGUUUGUACGGCAGGGAAAAGAACUUUGGUCGUGUAGUAUCAAUAAAACUGAACAAGGUAAUAUGCUGCUGUCUAGGCGACGACGUUUUUCUAAGUAGGAGACGUGUUAUACGUGUUUGUAGGUGGGUAAGCACUUCUUGGUUUUGUUUUUCUGUUUGGCGCUACUACCGGUAUAGCCAUGGUGCCUUGGUGCUCUGCUAUGCAGCGACUUGCCGUUGUAAUACUUGUGCU